CGUAACUAUGGCGGGUAUUGAGCCGCUGGAGAGUUGCAAAGGAUGCUCCUCCGCCAGCUGCGCGUGUGGAGAGAAGGGAACGUGGAGCGACUCCUCGCGGUUUAGCCAGCGACCCUCGGAAGGCUCCAGCCGCCACCAGCUGCUGCAGCAGUGGACGAGCACGUGGGACUCCCUAAGCGGGGCCACGUCGGUGGCGGAGAGGACGCGGCGCGAGGAGGCUGCGGUGCCCUCCGAGGCCGAGGACCAGCCGCUGGUGUUCCUGUGCGCCGGUUGCCGGCGGCCGCUGGGCGACUCCCUGAACUGGGUGACCUGCCGCGAGGACAACAAUUGCAUCCUGCUGCGCUGUGUUUCCAGUAAUGUUUCUGUGGACAAGGAGGAGAUACUAUCCAAACGUGAAAAUGAAAGUGGUUGCACCCUGCAGACACUGCGGUGCGCAGGCUGCGAGCUGCAGCUCGGCCACUUCUACUGGUGCACGCCCGGCCACCUCGACUACAAGAGGGACUUGUUCUGCUUGGACGUGGGCGCCGUUGAGAGUUAUGUUUUAGGGUCCUCAGUCAAGCAGAUCGUGUCCGAAGAUAAAGAGGUUUUUGGUCUUGAAAGCAGGAUUGUGAUAGAAAACUCCCUGAAGCAGAUGGAAGACGUUUUGAAAGUGCUGCAGACGAAGCUGUGGGACGUGGAGACCAAGCUGGCCUCUUCCGGAGCCGAGGGCUGAGACCCGCUGCUGGGCUCCCACUGCGGACUUCGCUGCCGAGGGCUGGCCGUCCCGCGUGUAGCGGUUCUUGUACCAGUCACUUCGCUGAGAACCGGGGGCUCUGACUGGCCGUGCACCUCGUUGUUUCUCGUAUUGAUCAGUGAGAACAAUCGUAAAAAUCGAAAUUUUAAACCUGUUUUGUGAUACUUGUUGGAAAUAGGAUUUAAGAUCUUUUAUUCUGAUAAGAAACUGGAAACUGCCAUGAUUUCCGAACCGUUUUCUCCUUUGUAUCCAAUUCAUUAUUCUUCAUUUUGUACUUUCUUUUAUCUUUAAUAUUUGAAUAAUACUCAGUACUGUGUGGUAAGAAGAACCUUAUCAGCCGUCCUACCCACUGUGUGAGUGGGUCUCUAAAAACACGGGCACAGCUCUCUGGGGAAAUCGGCCAGUUGAAUUAUUUGUCUGGAUUAUUUGAAAACUUGCACCUGAACAGAGCAUCAUGAACUCUAAUAAGAAAAUCGCCCUUGUUCCUGUUUAUUCACUACUAUAUGCCUCUAAAAUCUGUAAAAAUAGUCACCAAAGAGAAGCAGUCACCACUGUGGGCGGGGUUCCGGGAAGUUUUCAGUUUCCCGGUUUCUAUAAUGUAAGAUUUAUUGUAAGCACAUGUUAUUUUUAUAAUCAGGAAGAGAAUAAAGAUUAAA